AUGUCUUUGUCUACCAAGUACCAGGUCGAUCCCAAGAUCCCUGCUGUGCUGCCAUUUGAGAAGAUGUACUCCAUCCAGGUAGGUGACCGACUGUUUCGCCUCAGCGGCGCGUCGGUCUCGUUCGACUCACCGUCCUACUUCACCUCUUUUUUUGGCCGCAAGGAAAACGAGAACAAGGUGCUCACUGUUGAUCGUUCUUCUGCCGUGUUUGACAAAAUAUGCUCUCAUUUGCAAGGAUACUGCAUUCGUGCGGACAACGAGUACGAAUUGAUGCAUUUGUACGCGGACGCGACCUACUUCAACCUCCAGAAACUGCUGAAACAGCUCACCGAGGAUUUCUAUUACUGCAACGUGGGCGGCCUUAGUUUCCGGUUCCCGCAGGACCUGGUGGCCGGCGAGGGCAACAGCCCGAACUACUUCACGGUGGCGUACCAAACCACGUUCCAGAGCCCGUAUUUCCGCGGCGAGCUGAAGGACGUGAUCCGCCCGCCGCCACAGAGCCCGAUCGUGAUCAAACGCAGCGCCAAGCUGUUCACCGACCUGCUCAAUGCGCUGUCGACGGGCCGAAUCUGCGUCGACAACGAAAACCAUCGCCGCCAGCUGCUGGCAGAGUGCCGCUACUACAGGUUUCUUGCUCUGGAGCAGAAACUGAUUCCGCACAAAAUCCAAACAAACCCGUUCACCCACUGCGAGGAGAUUGUCAUUGCGCUUGCCGACGUCAAAAAAGACUGUCUCUCGAUCACGUGCGCCGGCCCAGCCGUGUACAAACGGCCCUUCGUGGACGCCAAGGCGCGCGUGCUGGUGCUCCAGAUCGAGUCCGAGGAAGCUAGUCUACUGAUCCACACAGAGCUCUCUUUUGUCAAUCUAUUAUUUACCGGCGCCACCGCGCGCCGUCUGUACACACUGCUGAGCCCACUGGACGGCGACCUGUACGAAUCCACGGUACUAGAGGACGGCAGCGUCCAGGAGAAGCUGCGGAUGUUUGUUUCUCUGGAUGAGUGCUCGUUCACGCUGAACGGCCACGAAACGAAGAAAAACUGGUACAUGGACUUUUUUGCCGGCGGCAGCGAGAACACACAGUCGCUCAACGGCGACGUCAUCGACGUCAAGCUGCUGCGGUCGCAGUGGACCGUCAACUCCAAAGACCAGGGCCGGCUCUGGUUCAACGGCGUGCUGGCCGACGGCGUGUUGGACGUGGCCAACUUCAAUCGCCGCCGCGGCUUCCUGUGA